AUGGAAGAAAUCACGGAAUUUCUGAAACAAGAAUGGCUUCUACCGGCACACACGUGUUUGACCUACACCGUGAUGGCGUUCAGUAUCGGCAACGGAUGCGACGGCCACAAGAAUCGAUUAUCUUUCCAGGUAAUGGAUUUCACGAUGACUGACGAGAAUCGAAAAAUGAAAGUCAACGAGUUCAUCAGCGUGAUGGUCAUGUGCUGCUGUGUCUAUCAAGAAGCUGCCGUCUGUAAAUACUACGGCCACGUGGCAAUGUUCAUCGCAAUUCUGAUCCAUCAACGUCUCGUUCAAGUGACCAGUCAGGGCGGUGCAGACAAUUCGUGUAUCAUUCUGGAAGAAUGUAUUAAGGAGAAGCUUGUGAAAUCCGAUGUGGUCCAUUUGGGACUUUUACACUAUUCAGGCGCGCUGUUCGCUGUGAUUUAUGCGGAUCUGGUGUGGUUGAGUGUUUACCAAUGGACGGGAUUGGCGGUCCACUCUCAAAAGUGUCUCUAUCAAGAGACUGUGGAACUUCCCAUUGCCGGACUCGUUCAAUUCAUUGGCGGUUUUCUUUGUCGAACGAUGUUGAAUAAUAUGGCCAGCGAAUCGAGACAAAAAUGGAUUCCAUUCGUCUACGCGACACUUUGUACAACAAGUCACUAUAUCAUUGGAGUGUCUGGAAUCCAUCCAAUGCCAGCAGAACGAUGCUCGGAAACUGGCUGCUUGACCGCCGGAUGGUUGUCCUCUGCAUUCGUCAGCGAUACCCUUCACAUCAAAUCGAUUUGGCGCCAAAAGUUUGAAGUGGAAGAGGCGAAUUUGAGGGCGUUGGAGUCUCCAGAAUCGCCGCCGAUGCGAUGGGUCGGACGUGGAAAUCAGAGACGACGGGUGCCAGUGGUGGACAGGAGGAGACGCAGAUAA